UAAACACCACGUUCUCUCCACUCAUUGCUUGCAACCACUUCCUUCAAACACUGCAUUUUACUUCAUCUUUUUCCUUCGGCACCUGAGAGAGAUGGCUGAACAGAUCCCCUAUGGUGUUGCUACUUCACUCAUCAACAAGAUUGCUUCACUUGCCUUUCGUGAAAUCGGGAGGAUCUAUGGAGUCAUGGAUGACCUUGAGAAGCUGAAGGACACUUUGGAAUCCAUCCAAGUCGUGCUUUCUGAUGCUGAGCUCAAACAAGGCCAGAAUGCUACUGUUGCCCACUGGAUCAAAAGGUUCAAACAAGUGCUCUAUGAUGCUGAUGACUUGCUUGAUGACGUCUUCAUCAAAGACUUGCGCCCCCAAAGAAUGAGUCAGGUGCGUGGCUUCUUUUCCAAAUCUGUGAAUCCAAUUCUUUUCCGUGCUAAGUUAGCUCGUAAGAUCGAGAAUAUUCGAAAGGAGUUUAAUAAUGUUGCUGAAGAGAUGUCUAAGUUGAACCUGAAUCGGAGUUCGGUCAUUCUUAAACAAGAUGAGUGUGCCUGGAGGGAAACAAGUUCUUCCGUUUUGCAAUCAGAGAUAAUUGGAAGGGAAGAGAAUAAGAAUGAGAUUGUUAACCUGCUGAAGCAAACCCAUUCAAACCAAAAUGUUUCUUUAAUUGUUGUUGUUGGUAUGGGGGGUUUAGGCAAGACAGCCCUUGCUCAGCUCGUGUACAAUGCUGCUAAAGACCAGAACCUCUUUCAGAAAUACAUGUGGGUGUGCGUUUCAGAAAAUUUCGAGGUGAAAACUGUUUUGAAGAAGAUGCUGGAGUCUUUGAAGAAGGAUGCUGGUGGUGACUCAUUAGAGGCCCUACAACAGAAGUUGCGAGAAGAAUUGAAUGGGCAAAAUUAUAUGCUUGUGCUUGAUGACGUGUGGAAUGAAGAUCAUUCAAAGUGGAGUGAUUUAAGAACUCAUUUGAUGUGCGGAGGUCAAGGCAGUAAGCUAUUAGUGACUACCCGUAGUACAUUGGUUUCUAAAGCAAUGGGUAUUAACGAGCCGUAUGUUUUGAGAGGUUUGACAGAUGAGCAAUCAUGGACAUUGCUAAAGAACCUGACAUUUGGUGAAGAUAGCAGCAGAGUGAGCUCUGAAUUGCAAGCAAUCGGAAAGGAAAUUGCAAAGAAGUGUAAAGGAGUGCCACUGGCGAUCAAAACAAUAGGAGGCUUCUUACGGAUAAGGGUUGAAGAAAUUGAUCAAUGGUCAACUCUUCUGCAUGGUGAUAUUUGGAGGUUAUGUGAAGAAGAGAAUAGUAUCAUGCCGGUCCUAAAUUUGAGUUACCGAAACUUGCGUCCUGAACUAAGACAAUGUUUUGCGUAUUGUUGUCUAUAUCCAAAGGAUUCGGUAAUAAAAAAGAAUGAGUGUAUUCAAUUGUGGAUGGCUCAAGGUUACCUUGCAAGUUUAACUGGAACGCAAUCUAUGGAAGAUGUGGGUAAUAAUUAUGUCAAGAUUUUGUUAAUGAGGUCAUUUUUCCAGGAUGCAUCAAUGGAUGAAAAUGGUCAUAUUAGGUCCUUCAAAAUGCAUGAUUUGAUGCAUGAUCUUGCAACGUCGGUAGCUGGAAAUGAUUGUUACUUACAUACUGAGGGAAAAGGAAUUGUUGGAAGACCCAUGCAUGUGGCUUUUGAAACUAGUACCAUUUGUUCAUUGGAUGUGUUUGAUGUUUGCAAAUUACGAACAAUCAUCCAUUGCAAGAUUGCUACCAAUUUAGUGGCCAAACUCUCUUUUAUGGAAAAACUGAAGUGCCUUCGUGCUUUGGAUUUGUCAUUUCAUUCUUUGACUCAGUUGCCAAUGUCUAUUGAUAAAGUCAAACAUUUAAGAUAUCUUGAUCUUUCAUACACUGAAUUAAGAAGUUUGCCUGAAUCGAUUGGCAAUCUUAUUUGUUUACAAACAUUAAAAUUAGGCCAUUGUGAAUCUUUAGUUAGUUUGCCAGAGUCAGUUGGCAAUCUUAUUUGUUUAGAGUCAUUGAAAUUAAAUGAUUGUAAGCAACUUGUUUUUCCUACAAAAAUUAUUAUAAAAUUGAUCAAUCUGAAGAAGGUCGACAUUGAAGGUUGUAAAGCCUUUGAAGAUGGCAUGCCAGUAGGAUUGGGGAAAUUGAUUUCAUUGCAAUCCUUAUCAAGCUUUGUAGUAGGGAAUGACAAAAAAGAUACAAGUGGCAAAUUGAAUGAACUGAAAGAGCUUGACCUCAGAGGCAGAUUGAUCAUUAGUGAAUUGGGUUUGGUAAAGGAUGCGGCAUCGGAAUCUCAUGAGACAAAUAUGAGAUCAAAGAAACACAUCCAAGACCUUUCUCUGUUAUGGGGGCCAAGCUCUGAUUCUAGUGAAUAUGAAAUAAGAAAGAGUGAGAGCUUGGUGUUAUUGGAUAAUCUUUGUCCCCAUCAGAAUCUGAGAUCAUUAGAUGUGAAUGGCUAUCCAGGAGUGAGGUUAUCAGAUUGGCUUAUCUCGCUAAUUCAUGUUGUUCGCAUAUCUCUCCACGAUCUUCCCAAUUGCAAACAUCUUCCACCUUUGGAAAGACUGCCUUGUCUUCGUGAGCUCGAGGUUGCUGAUAUGAGAUCGCUGGAGUGGAUGGAUUAUUAUGAAAAUAUUGGUGAUGUGUUCUUCUCAUCUUUGGAGCAACUCGACUUCCACUACUGUGAGAAUCUGAGGGGAUGGCAGAUGUUAGGGGAUGAGACUCAAAACCAUCUUUCUCUACCUCCUUUUCCCCGUCUCUCUUAUCUCCAAAUUGUUGGUUGUCCAAACUUGACCUGCAUGCCUUCUUUCCCACACCUUGUUCGGAAGUUGGAGUUACGAUGGCGUAGUAGCGUGAAGCCAAUGUUGGAAACAUGUAUGGUUAAGCAUGAGUCUUCAUCCAUCUCUCCUCUCUCUCAUCUCAAGCUGUUGCUGCUUUGGGGAGUUACAGGGAUAGAAGCAAUGGCAGAGGACUGGAUGAAAAGCCUCACAUCGCUCAAGAGUCUCCACCUUCGUGGAUCGUCAGCCAUUCAGAUUCUGUCACGACACUUGCAAUAUCUUCCUUCUCAACUUAAAAACUUGGCGAUAAGUUUCGAUGAUGACAAACUUGACCUCUGGAAAGACACACAAGGUCGUGGUCCUCCUCAUGCGCUCUCUUCUCUGCAGACAAUCAGCUUCGGUUUUUGUGAGAACAUGAAGGCUUUACCAGAGCAAAUUGGCAACCUCCAAUCACUAACGCUUUUAGAGAUUAUGGAUUGCCCUAAAUUAGAGUCAUUGGAUGAAGCUGACCGUCGCCUUACCAACAUACACACAGUAGGGAUCUCUGGGUGUCCAUUCCUAGAGCACAAAUACCGCGCUGAAAGUGAAGAUCGGGCCAAGAUUGCUCAUAUCCCACACAUAUCCAUAUACUGAGAUUGAUACCCUCAAAAGAGGAUUCUUGCAAAUCAUUUUCUUCUUGUCAUACUUUCAAAUUUCAAUAGGCCCAUGUCUGUUGCUUCAAUGGGAAGAUACAAAUAUUUGGUCUCAUCAUUCCAUUUUGCAAAAUGUUGAAUCUUCAAGAUGGUCAAAUUCUGACCCAGUUCCUCAUUUGGGUGCAACAGCAGCAUGAGAAGGAAGUUACUUUCAGCUACAAGACAAUUACAACUAGCUUCAAACUUAUUUAGAAAUUUGCCAUUCAAGCAAAAGCAUUAUCUGGCUUCAUGUGAUAACGAUUACGUGACUAGUUGGAUCCAUAUAUGGUUUUGUGGCAUCUCCCCCUCCUGAUGGCCAUGCCGAAGGGAGCGGGUAGAGUUGCUGGGUAGGUUAUUUCAAGGCACAGUGGAGAUUGCUUUAUUUCUUGCUUCAUGUGAAAGAUUUUCCUACAUUUGAUUUCAGGUUGGUGAUUAUGUAAUAUGGGUUGUGGCUAUUAGAGACGCAACAUGGUAAUAGGAGGUUUGGUAUGAACUGGCAUGUAUGUUCAUUGAGAUAGGCUUAUUGUACGGGAAUUUAUUGUUCAAACUUCCCAUGUUUGUGUAUGUUGUUCUAUGAUCUGUGAUGUGAUAUCAUAAACUUUGAUGUAUCACCUACUCUGUUUCCCUCUUGUUUUGGAAGCACACUUUAUAUAUAUCUAAAACGAGGAUUAUCACAAUUCGAAGCUCUAUUAGUACUACUCUUAUUGUAACAUACACUCAUUUUCAUUGAAUGAAUUUAAUAGUUCCUGAUAUUUAUUUGUACUGAAACAAUUAAUUGUGCCUUGUGUUAAACGCAGAUGCUGUUUAUUAACAAACAUGGUUUGAAAGCCUGUUACUACUGCUU